AUGGUGGAUGGUUUCCUGCGCGUUAGGUCUUGUAAGUUCCACGCACUUGGCCCAAGGAAGAGGGAAGAGCAGGAGCCGCAGACCAAAAGGGAGAGUGAAGACAAGAGCAUCACUGUAAACAUUGACAUCCCUGAUGUUCUCAAGAAGAAGCUGGAGGAUGACUGUUACUAUAUCAACAAAAGAAAGAAGCUGGUGAAGCUUCCAUGCCUGAUGAAUAUAGUAAACAUUCUGGAGUCCUAUGUGAAGCACUUCACCCUAAAUGCAGCUUUCUCAGCUAAUGAGCGCUGUCGGCACCCUCAGAGCUCCACACAGACUAAUAUGUGUCCACACUAUAUGCCACCUGAGAGGAA